AUGGCAAUUAAAGUACUGGAGAAGUGUUGUUGCUUUGAUUUAAAGACUGGUGUGCUAAUUAUUGGAAUUUUUUCUAUUGUUGUUAGUGUGGGUGGAUUAAUAGAGGCGCCAGUUAGUUACAGCCAAGCAUGUUCGGGUGGCGCGACGCCACAGAAUAACCAGGAAUGUGCUGCGGCUAGUUCCAAAUUGGGCGGAUCGAUAAGCAGUGAAGUUAUUGGGAUCAUUUUGAUGGGUCUUAUGAUCUAUGGAUCACAAAAGGAAAGUUAUGGAUUAAUGUUGCCAAUAAUUAUUCUUCAAGCGAUAGGAAUCAUCAUUAUAUUCCUUUUCGUUUGGUACCUAACCAUCGUCUUCUUUACGGUUUCCGUUGGAACCGGAUUUCUAUUCAUGAUUCUCGGCAAUGCAAUUGUCGGUAUUACCGUCUACCUUUGGCUAGUAAUUUACAGCAGGUGCCAAGAAAUAAAAAAUAUGACAUACAGUGCGGCCAACACUGCAUAA